AUGGGCGGUCAUGACUAUACAGAUAAUUUGAAGGGCGUUCAUGACAGCGUUACCAGUAUGUCUGCUAAAAUUGAAUCCCUCCUUCAGAAAAUUACUGACGAUCUUGCAGCAAAAGAAACAGCCAGAGAGGAGAAAAAACUUGCUCGUCAGGAAGAGACCGAUGCUUUAACAAAGAGUUUGACAGAGGAGUUUCUACCUAAACAGAACACUGAAGGUGAAGGUUCUGGUGCUCCAUCCAAAGCACCUCAUGUUCGUACUGGUCUACUUGACACUCCUCGUCCUCCACCAGUGCAGUUGAAGUUUCCUGUGUUUGAUGGUGACGACCCAGAUGGUUGGAUUUUCCAGGAAGAUCAGUAUUUUCUUUGGCAUUCUAUUGCUAAUAAUUUGAAAGUAAAUUUAGCUGCUGCUCAUCUCAAAGGUGAGGCUAAUGAUUGGUUCAGGUGGAAACGAACUCAACAACAGAUUCUUACAUGGGUUACGUUUUGUACUCUUCUUCGUGAAAGAUUUCAGAAAACAUUUGUGGAUCCGAAAAUCGCAAUUUGUACAAUCAAACAAAAGGGUUCAGUUAAAGAUUUUCUUCCUGAAUUUGAACAUCUUCUCAACUUUGUGGAUUUUGAGGAAAGACAUUUAAUUAACCUUUUUAUUCUUGCUCUAAAACCAGAGGUUGGAAAUAUGGUUAAGUUGUUUGAACCUACAACUUUGUCUUCUGCUUUUAAGAAAGCACUCAAUCAGGAUGAAGUCUUGUUGUCUACCAGACAUGCAUGGCGGUCAAGACAGCAUACUGUUUCUACUCCUCCUCAAUUUCGAAAACCUUCUCCACCUAUGGGUAAUAAACUGCUUACAGUGGAAGAACAAAGAGAACGUCAAGCCAAGGGCUUAUGUUUCAACUGUGAUGAACAGUACACGCGAGGGCAUGUCUGUGUUCAGCCGCGAUUAUUGGUUUUAGAGGUGGAUUCCUCCGGAGUUGAUGACAGGGAGGUCUUAUCAACUGAAGAUAACACUGAGGAUGAUUUUACAACUGCAGACACUUCUCAGGAUCAGGUUCAACCUACCAUCUCUUUACAUUCUUUGCUUGGUUCUUCGUUUCCUAAGACAAUGCGCUUGGACGGCUACACCAAAUCUCAACCUCUUCGUGUCCUAAUCGACUCUGGAUCUACGCAUAAUUUUUUGCUUCCAAGAUGGGCUAAGCAUUGUGGUUAUUCCAUCCAUUCAGAUGUUACAGCUUUGCAGGUCACAGUUGGUAAUGGUACUCAAAUACCAACUAAAGGAUGUUGUCUGAAUGUGCCAAUUACACUUCAAAAUCAUUCUUUCACCACAGAUUUUCAUAUUUUAGAUAUUGGGGGUUAUGAUGUUGUGUUAGGAGUUCAGUGGCUACGAACAUUGGGCCCAAUCAUGUGGGAUUUCUCCAACCUCACAAUGCAGUUCACAGUAAAAAAUACAUCCGUCUAUUUACAAGGGAGUAAUUGCUCAUCAUUCAUGUUGAUGGAUUCUGUGCCCAUGCAAAAAUUACUCUGUCGUGAAAUUUAUGCUGUUCUGUUCCAACUGACCGCAGUAAAUGCUUCAAUUAAUGAUUCUGGUUCAACUACUAGUACCAAUUCACCAGCUUUACAAGAAAUUCUUUCUCAAUAUGCUGAUAUUUUUGCUACACCAACCACAUUACCUCCUGAAUGA